AGGGCAAUCUUGUAACAGGAGAGACUUCAGAGACCGGGUCCAAAACACACUGGAGCACACGGAUUUAAGACAAUCAACUUUAUUAGAAGACUAUAACAUUUCGACGCCAACUGCGUCUUCACUCAAGAGUCAAGAGUUUUGACUCUGAUAAAGACGCAGCUGGCGUCGAAACGUUAUAGUCUUCGAAUAAAGUUGAUUGCCUUAAAUCCGUGUGCUGGUCUCUGAAGUCUCUCCUGUUACAAGAAAAGAUCUGUGUCUCAGAAACUACAAGGAGCACAAUCAAGUAUUUGGGAUGAACUCAUAACAAGUUGAAUAUCAAAGCUCUGCGCACAUAUGCAAGUGCAAGCAAACAUUUAAUAAACACAAUUUUAGCAUUUUUCCUCAUUCGAUUUAGUUAAUAAAAGUUUUUUUUUUUUUUGUUUUUUUUUUUCAUGUGAUCUAAAAAUGUCAAACUUGUACUUUCAGAUACUUACCCAAAGUUUAUCAGUACCACAAGACUUUUAACCAAUCAGAACAAAUGUGACAAUUUUCCUUAUCAUAGUAGAUAUUAUUUGGGCAUAAAUUGGUUAAUAAAUUGUGUGAAAAUAGAUUAUCCUUAUGUUUUUUAACAUAGAGCAUACAGAUCAUCCACGUCACUAGCCAUUAUUCAAAGCUGACGUUUUAAAGAGGAAAGUGAAGAAGGGGCUAAAACUGUGCAAUUUACUGCAUGUAAUCUCUCGAGCAUGGGGCAUGGCAAGGUCAGACAACUCCUCAUGCUCCUGAUUACAGACUAAUCAACCAUUCGACCAUUGAACCAAUCAGUGCUGGGCAAAAAAACAAAAGGCAAACACCCUUGAAUAAAUGAAUUUAAAAGCAGGGGCCCCACUUCAGCUCUUUUUUUAGCUUUUAUGUCAACAAGUUAAAUCAUCAUCAUGCUGGAAGGUGGAUGGCUCUAUUAUAACAACAUCAACCAGAGGAGACGGAUUUGUCCAGCAUGAACCAAAAAAAAAGAGAGAGCUCAGAUUUAUGACGGAUUCAUGAGAGUGAAGAAGCAGGUGGAAUUAUGGACACUUUCUUGAAUGAAACAAGCGCGCACUUUUAUGAGACGCGCAUGGAUAGGGUGUUUCUCAUAUUCAACUGCACGGUCCUAGCCUUAACAUUAGUCUUGGGUUCACCCGGGAACUUGUGGGUGUGCUGGGUUGUUUUCAGGACCAAGAGCCUGCAGACGUUCAACAACGCGCUGCUGGUCAGCCUGGCCGCCAGCGACCUCCUCAAGUGCUCCGUGGACACCCCGCUGCUGCUCUUCUCUUUCCUGCGCUACGGGAAGGACAGCCAGGUGUCGGUGUCGGUGUGCACCCUGCAGCAGUUCACCUACGCCCUGUGCAGCUGCGUCCAGCUGCUCACGCUGGUCAGCAUCAGCGUGGAGCGCUUCCAAGCCAUCGCGUUUCCUUUCCAAACCGAGAGGAGGAAAGCCAGGGUGCGUCUCUGGAUCCUGUCCAUCUGGGCAUGCGGCCUCAUCCUGGCUGUGAUCUCUCUGACUCUGUCCAAAAAGGCGCUCUUUUACAUGCUCUGCCGUCCGCACCUCGGGGUGCACGGCGACGAUCAGCGUCUCCAGUACUACUCGGAUCCGUUUGGACCCUACGUGCUGGUCCCGGUGUGGGGGUUGUCUCUGACUGUGAUCGUUAUCCACUACGUGCGGAUCUUCAAAGUCGUGAGGCGGCACAGAAAGAAAGUGUUCAGCCGGGGAGUCCAGCUGAGGCCGACGGUGUCGGAGCACGUCUGGGGCUGGAUGAGUGUCCCUGCGUCAGCACCACGGACAGCUCCGCCCCACCGGACGGUGCUCCUGGUGGCCCAAGCCAGUGCUCCCUUCCCUGGCUUGUCCACGGGAGGACGUGCCUCAGGGGGGAGACCUCCGGAGAUCGUGGGGGCGGUGUGUCUCCUGACACCCGGGGCCAGGGAGCGGGGGAAGAAACAUCUGGAGGGGAAGCUGGCCCAGCGGUUUGGGUACAUCAUCAUCGCGUUCACGCUCUUCUGGGUGCCCAUGGUGGUUAUUCUGCUAGUGAACGUCAUCUCGUGGCAGGACACGGACAAAUUGCAGAUGGAGCUGGAGACAUCGGCUAUGGUGCUGACGUGUGUGCAGGCUGCAGUGGAUCCCCUCAUCUACACUUUAGUCACCAGACAGUUUCGCUCUGAACUCCGCAAGAUCUUCUCCUCCAUCCCAGGGUGUCCCCUAAAACGGAGGGCCUGAAGGCUCAAUACUUUACGAACAUUUGGGUCACAUGUACACUUUUUGAGGGAAUUGAAAACACCACUGAAGCUAAACAUGCACCAGCCACUACCUCAUGUUUAACGCAGACACAGAGUGAAGAAGAGAGCCCACAGAUAUUUGUAUUUGUGGCAGAUAUAGAUGUUUUAUCAGGCGUUUCACAGUUGGGACACAAGACAAGGUCAUAAAUAAUAUCCAACACCUGACAAGAUACGCACAGCAGUAGUCUCAACAACGACAGGUGGCAUAAGAGGGCAAAGCAAAAGAGUGAGAGGAAAACUGACUGAGCCCAGAAAAAAGACAA